UCCCUAUACAAAGUACCCCUAUCAUACGACGAGACUCAACACGUCGUAUGGCCGGAUAACUCUUUAUUUCCAAUCUUCCCUUUCUAUCCCUCUCCCUCGCUCCCGUCCCCCCCCGUCCCCUCCUUCUUCAGAAGGUUACUGUUCUGCAUACAGUGCUCACCCAUCAAUCUUAAUGGCCGCAACUUUACCACGGAAGGAGUUUCCUACACGUCAGCUGUUUGUACUUUCAUUAUGUCGGAUCUGCGAGCCUAUUUCGUUCUGUUCGAUUCUUCCGUAUAUCUAUUAUAUGAUUGAGUCGUUUGGUUGUGCCAAAAACCCAAAUGAAGUCGCCGUCUACGCCGGUAUGGUUACGAGCUCUUUUGCCUUCGCUGAGUUCACGACCGGGAUGAUGUGGGGCAGGGUCUCAGACAAAUUUGGGAGAAAGCCGGUCUUGAUCAUGGGUCUUGUGGGGACUAUGCUUUCCAUGUUGAUAUUCGGAUUUGCAAAGAGUUUUCCUGUAGCUUUGAUUGCGCGUGCGGUUGGUGGGGCACUAAAUGGGAAUGUCGGGGUACUUCAGACGACGGUUGCCGAGCUGGCCACCGAGAGGGAGCAUCAAGCGAGGGCUUUUGCUGUCAUGCCCUUUGUUUGGUGCCUAGGGUCUAUUGUCGGUCCCGCCCUCGGUGGUCUCUUGGCCGACCCCGUGAAACAAUAUCCGGCUAUGUUCCACCCUGGCGGGGUUCUUGAGGAGUACCCAUAUCUCCUACCUAACCUAGUAUCUGCGAAUAUACUGGCGGUGGGAAUUAUAAUUGGGACUUUGUUCCUGGAGGAAACUCACGAGAUUCUCCGUGAGAAACCGGAUAUCGGGGUGAGGACGGGAAGGAAGAUAGUCAAGUUUUUCAAGAGACGUAGUUCUGGGGGAAAAUUUGAGGGUCCGGAGGUGUGCGGAUCUCCGCCUAAAGAUGGGGAGGAAAGGUUGCUAGCCAGCGGUAGUAGUGAGUAUAGCACAUUUCCCAAUGCCCUAGCGACAAAUAUUACAGAGGAGGAGCAAGUGAGAAAGGGACCUCCAAUCAUCAAAACUUUCACCGCCCCGGUUGUACUAUUAAUCGUGUCCUAUGGGAUAUUGGCUUAUCACACCAUGGGGUUUGAGCAACUCUUUCCUGUCUUUUUAUCCACCCCUCGGUCUGCGGAACCUCCGCACCAUCUGCUCAAAUUUACUGGUGGUUUUGGAUUGGACACCCAGACUAUCGGCUUCAUUCUAUCAGUACAAGGUGCCGUUUCAAUGGCCAUCCAAUUCCUUUUCUUUCCACCGAUAGUCGAACAUUUUGGAACCUUAAGCGUCUAUCGGUUUUGCAUGUUUCUAUACCCAAUAUCUUACCUCAUAGUUCCAUACAUUGAUUUUCUCCCCCCGUCGCUCUCCAUGGUCGGUGUGUGCGGCGUCCUUCUUGUCAGGAUCACAUUUGGCGUUCUUGCUUACCCCUGCAACGCGAUCCUUCUCACCAAUGCCGCUCCAUCCCUUCUUGUCCUUGGCGCGAUCAACGGUGUCGCUGCUAGUGCCGCAAGCAUCUCUCGAGCUUUGGGCCCGACUAUUACCGGAAUGAUCUACACUCAAGGCCUCGACUGGGGGAUGGUGGGGCUUGCUUGGUGGGUCAAUGCGGGUGUCUGUGUGCUCGGUGGCAUUCAAUGUCUAUGGAUGAAAGAGGAAGACUUCGACGGCAACAACAAAACCGGGGAGAUUGUUAUAGACGAGGAAGUUUGCUGGAGGGUUGCAGCAGAAACGCAGGCUGCGCAUGCACAUAAUACGGGGCUGGUAUCUGGAGAGGAGUUUAUUAGCGAGUGCACGAUAGCACGUAAGACCGCCGGCGAGGAGGUUGCCAACAGCUUUGGGGAAGAGGGGGAUAUGGGUGGAAGAAGCGAGUAGGGCCAAGAAGAGCGAAGCGAACUCUUGUUGGUCAAUUGAUCCAUUGUACAUAGCCACUCCUUGCCCCCCCAUGGGGUCCAGAAAUUAUGAUCCCAAUGAG